AACAAAAGGCUUGGGGGAGUUUAAGUUGAGGCAGCUGUGAGGAGACACAGCAGACGGACUCAUUUCUUCAACAUGACUCCUGCUCUGGUGCUGCUGGCCUCUCUGCUGUCCAUCGUGGCGGCUCAGUCUCAUGACCACCACGACAUGGGCUGGGUGAACGGGUACCGGCAGAGCUUCAACUUCCAGUGUCCGCAUGGAGAGGUGCUCGUGGCCACCAGGAGCUACUACAGCGUGGAGAAUGGCAUGGACCGCCUGUGGUCUUUUGAGUGUCAGCCUACGCCAGAGGGUCUGGGGGAGCCGAGUGACUGCUGGUGGGAUGACAUCAACCGGGCCGGGAUGGAGUGGACUUCAACAUGCACUCGAAACGGGCUGGUAGCAGGAGUACAAAGCAAGUAUUUUGAAUCCACCCUGGACCGGGAAUGGCAGUUUUACUGCUGCUACUACAAACGCCGCUGUCCUUACUCCUGCAUGAAAACCAACGACAUCCCUGAAUACCACAGAGAGGAGGCAGAGAUGGUGGUCCCAAGCUAUGGCUACUUUGUCAGAGGUGCCCAAACCACCUUCAGUGGAGUGCUGAGAGAUCGGCAGUGGAAGUACAUCCUGUGCAGGUGGACAGACUUUGACUGUGAUUUUGAAAACUUAUAGACUGUAAGCAGCACUUAUGCAUAAAGACUAAAAAUGACACAUUUAUGCUUCAAUGUAAACAUAAAUUUACAGUACUUACAGCUACAAUGACUUUUAUCAAUGUAUAUAACAGAUCAACAGGCACGUGUAUUUAUGUCUGUAUUACCACUGUUUUAGCCUAGCAUGGAAAAUAGCAGCUUUUAUAAACGUAACUGUUACAAUAAACAUGAACACAGAGGGUCUGCUGGGAUUUUGGACUCCGCCAGACAUAUUGGACGGCUAAAGUGUUCUCAAUUAGUUGCGGGAGAAACUGGAAGUCUUUUGGCAGCAUGUGAAAGUCUCUUUCCAAAACAAACAAUUAUUUGAAGCUGUGUUCCUGCUGGUGGAAAACACAGCGCCCGGCUCGGUGCCAAGAUCUCCUCACGUGACGGCGCUGGCCGGGCAGAAUGGUUCUCACCAUUUUCACGGUCAUAAAAGCAGUCAGUGUUGGGAGGUGUGACUGAUGGGGAUAUUGUGUUGGAGUCAACACUUGGAACAAUUGUGUAUUUGUUGGAAGUAAUGAGAAGCUCUUUCAGAAUCACAGAGCCUUGCAUGCUAUGAAAAAUUCUGCACCUGCUUCAAUUGAUUUCACAUCCAUCCUUUAUUGCCUUUCUUUUCAGUUAAACACUAAUAUACUGCAAGUCAUGUAACUACACCAUGCGAAAAUAGGAUUAAAACCAUUCCCCUCUA